AGAUCGGUCAAGUUGAGAAUUCACGAGGGCGCAAGAAUUGAGAUCGUCAAAGAAGCAGGAAACAUGUUGCUCUUACACCUGCAUCGAUCUGAAGCUUCGGGGUUGUGAGAUUGCGAGAGAGUAAGAAAAGUGACGACUUGUACCCGCGCCCUUUCCAUCCUCCUCCUCUUCCAGCAAGUUUCCCCAGUCCUGGCGAGCGCAGGAACCCACCCUGCAUCGCGUCACGGCAUGGCUGGUCAAUCAUUGAAGCGAGAUCCGGUUAUCCCGCUCACAGGGAGUGAUUGGGAGCAUGUUUACGAACCGGCCGAGGAUACUUUCCUCUUCAUGGAUGCCCUAGAAAAAGAGCUUGAAGAUAUCAGAGCUGCAAGACCUGGAUUUGUCUUUGAGCUCGGGUGCGGGUCGGGGUGCAUCACGGCAUUCCUAGCCUUGAACCUCAAGGGCCCAGCGUACAUAGCUUCCGACAUCAACCCGCAUGCAGUAGCAGCAGCUCGCCGAACGUUUGAAGCUAACGAGCUCAAGAUCGACCUGCUCAACAUGGACCUGUUCUCGGCCAUUAACCUUCCCAGUGGAAUAGAUGUCUUGCUCUUCAAUCCUCCCUACGUCCCAACCCCUCAUGAAGAGAUCGAGAGCUCUUGGAUUGCGAGAUCGUGGGCUGGGGGUGAUAAAGGCAGGGAAGUUGUCGAUAAAGUUUUGGAGAAAAUUGAGACAAUCUUAUCGCCCCAGGGACGACUGUACAUGGUUGCAUUAGAUAGCAACGAUCCGCACGAGAUUGCCAAGUGGAUGGGAACAAAGGGGUACAGAACAAAGGUUGUGAUGAGAAGGAAAGCGGGUAUCGAGAA